AUGGAAAUGGAAAAUGUAUCUGAUAUGGUUACAAGAAUGCAAAAGUUUUCGUGGACGACGCAAAACGAUUACCUACUCGGAGGACGGAACAUGAAAAUAUUGCCUGUUUCUAUGUCUCUUGUAGCCAGUUUCAUAUCUGGGAUAACUUUGUUAGGAUCUCCAACAGAAGUGUACAUGUAUGGAACUCAGUAUUCAUACAUUAUUAUCGGCAUAUUCCUUAUGUCAGUUUUCAUGACACAAAUAUACUUACCAGUAUUUCACGAGCUCAAGAUGACGUCAAACUACGAGUACUUGUCUUUACGAUUUGACAACAAAGUUAGAUUGUUUGGUUCGGUGCUUUUUGUGUUUGCCAUGAUUGGUUGGUUACCAAUAGUAAUAUAUGUACCAGCUUUGGCAUUUAAUCAAGUGACCGGAGUAAAUAUACACGUCAUAACACCCAUUGUGUGCUUAGUUUGCAUUUUUUAUACGAGCGCUGGUGGUCUUCAGGCGGUAGUAUGGACCGAUGUCAUACAAAUAACAGUGAUGUUAGGAGCUAUGGCUCUCGUAGCUAUAAAAGGCACGUUGGAUGUCGGAGGAUUUGGAGUCGUAUGGCAGCGAAAUAUGGAAAGUGGAAGAAUCGAAGCACCUAACUGGGAUUUUAAUCCUACCACCCGACAUACAAUAUGGAACCUAGUCAUCGGGGGCGUGAUUUACUGGCUUCAAGCCAACUCUGUCAACCAAACCAUGGUUCAACGGUAUCUCGCAUUACCCACAUUGCGAGCUGCCAAAUGGUCAGUGUGUCUGUUUUGUAUUGGAAUAUCAAUCCUAUACUGCUUUUGUUUAUAUUGUGGACUAUUGAUUUACGCGAGAUUUUACAAUUGUGACCCUCUUCAAACGAAGUUGGCGAAGGCAAAAGACCAGCUACUACCACUGUUGGUGAUGGAUGUUCUUGGUGACUUACCGGGCCUACCGGGUGUCUUCCUUGCUGGUAUAUUUAGCGCAGCAUUAAGUUCUCUUUCUACGAGUCUUAACUCGAUGUCCGCGGUUGUACUUGAAGAUUUUUAUAAGCCGUUCUACAAGAGACAGCUAACAGAUACACAGACAAACUGGCUGUUACGAGGUGUAGUUGUUUUCACUGGAGUGCUAUGUUUAGCUUUAACCUUUGUCGUUGAGAAGCUCGGUACAAUCCUUCAAUUAACAAUGACGUUGGAAGCGAUUACAAUGGGUCCACAACUUGGAGUGUUCACUAUGGGGAUAUUGAUCCCGUGGGUUGAUGGAUUGGGUGCUUUAAUAGGAGGCCUCAGCGGAUUAGUAGUAAUGGCAUGGUGGUGUUUAUCAGCUCAAUUAGCCAUCGCUAGUGGUCAUAUAACCCGCUCACACAAACCUCUUAGUGUUGAUGGCUGCCUUUAUAACUACACUUUGAAUGCUAACAAUGUGCACGUUACGGAAAGUGUGCAAGUUAAUCCAGUGCUUCAUGUAUCGUACAUGUGGUAUACACUAGCGGGCUGCUUAAUUACUAUGUGUGUGGGUAUGGCCGUAGCGGGGGUAAACAAAGCCUUAGGUAAAGCAUAUGUGCCUCCUGCACCAAAGUUACUUGCGCCGCAGAUAAGGGGGUUCUUCAGGGACCCACCUCAUCCAAAGGAGGAGCCUUUUAUAAACGCAUAUGAUAGCCAAAAGGAAAAAACACAAAACUCAACUUCAAUAAGCAUGAAGCCAAUAAAGGAGAUUGAAGAAAUAAGCCCAAACUUAACGUUAACUUAG